CAACAGCGCACUGCUCACCGAACAACACCCGCCGCACACACACGAUGGUGUUGGUGGUUGUUGAAGCAACGGAGGGCGCUGUGCUUGGUGAUGGCGUCUUUCAAGAGGGACCGGUGUAUGUGACCGUGGAUGAGCAUGGCAUGAUCAGCACGGUCGGUACGGAGAAGCCAAAGGACAGCGCAGUCACCCUGAGUGCACCGCUCCUGCUUCCGGGCUUUGUUGACAUUCACAACCACGGCGUGGGCGGGUCACAUGAUGUGGCGUAUUCAUGGACAAACCCCGAGUUUACAUUGAGCAAGCUGCCAGCGAAUGGCGUCACCACCGUGCUGGCGUCACUGCUGCCUAUGGACCGCGAAUCCUACGCCGCUAGCUUGGACGCCUUGUUGCCUGUGAUAGCCAAGCCGAAACCGGGACACACUCGCUGUGCUGGCAUCCACGCAGAGGGCCCUGUCAUCCGGGAUGCGGGCGCUCUUCCCAAUCAAAACCUCAACCCGUCCCUGGAGGAAUUCACGGAGAUUGUUGACAUGUGUCAGGGCCAUAUGAAGGUCAUGACCAUCUCCCCGUCCAUGGAACCGCAAUCAGAUUUCCGCCGCACCAGGCUGCUUUUGGACCGGGGAAUCCGCGUUGCCCUGGGUCACGACAAGCACGCCACCGCCGACGACAUCGUCGCAGCCCUCCGCACCGCCAGCGAAUACAAUGAUAGUACGCCACACAUUACCCACAUCUUCAAUGUCAGCAAAUUCCACCACAGAGACACGUCACUGGUCAACUUUGGCCUUUGCCGCUCGUUCCCCAACAACCCGACUUUCGCUGGCCUGCACCCUCCCACAGUUGAGGUGAUUGGUGAUGGCCUGCACGUGGACACAUUGACAGUCGCAGGCCUCCUCUCUGCCCGAACACCGGCAGCUGUCGCUUUCAUCACAGACAACAUCCUGCAUGGCGAGCCUGGGCUCAAGAGCGCGUACUGCGGCCGCGAAUUGGAGGUUGGACCAAAGGGCAAGGGCGUCUACGUCGAGGGCACAACGACGUUGGCGGGUAGCUGCCUGUCGUUGUGGGACUGUCUCCGCUUUCUCGUGAACGAACAAGGCCAGAACGUGGCAGCCGCGUGCGACAUGCUGAGCGCCACACCGGCGCGGGUCGCGCGCAUUCCACGUGUCGGACGCAUCAAACCGGGCUAUUUCGCAGACUUGUUGCUUGCAAGCAACGACCUCCGCCUCCAACAUACCAUGAUUGCCGGUGCCGUCGCCUUCUCCUUCGCAGGAGAGGUGCAGAGGAGCUAGCUUUCUUUCUUCGAACCAUUGGGUGUGCUUGCCGUGUUUUACCUUCACGCUUCUUGUGCUAACGUGUGGAUGCACAGCACGCGCCCAGAACGCAAAGGAGGAAAACAAAUAAAAUUUGCGACUUUGGGGGCAUGAAAUGCAACUGCCCCGUGAUGCCGCAACGGCACUGGCUGAUGGCGCAUGCGCAAGCAAACAACGCCC